AAUUAGGUUCCCGAUAUGGAAAAGUAACAAUUAUCAUGUCAUUAAGUCGUGCGAUACACCAUUAUUAGUAAUUUUCAUAUCAAUAUAAGUACCUGCGAUGAAAUAAUUUAACAGCCUCAGCCCUCAAUUGUACGGUACAUGUGUCAUUUUGAGGAUGUUACUUUCAACUAAUUCAAUACUUCUGUUCCUACCGGUUUUUACAUAUACAUUCCAUUUUUUUCAUCAUUGCAACGAUCUUACCAUAGCAUUGCGAAAUCCCGCAAAUAGUAAAAUUAGAGGAGACUGCAGGAGUUCCCACAAAGGCAGACCUUACCGGUCUUUCACUAACAUACCUUAUGCAGAGCCACCAAUAGGAAAAAGAAGGUUACAGGCGAAGAAGGAACCGCACAAAAAGCUACCAGUUUUAUUUUGGAUCCAUGGAGGUGGCUUUCAAUUCGGAUCUGGAACACAUAUGUUCCUAGGAAUAGGAUUUUUGGAACUAUAUGACCCUGGACUUUUUAUAGACGAAAACAUUGUUGUAGUGACCAUAAAUUAUCGACUAGGAGCCUUAGGUUUUCUAACAACGGAAGACGAAGUAAUACCACCCAACCUGGGACUUAGAGACCAAAACUUAGCUUUAAAAUGGGUUAUAGACAACAUUGACUUAUUUGGUGGUGAUCCUGGUAAUAUUGUUCUCAUGGGUGAAAGUGCUGGAUCUGCUUCUGUGGGUUACCAUCUGUUGUCCAAAGAGCGAGGUACGAGAUAA